GAACUGUCAAGUCUGACGCAAAGUUAAUCGGUAAUCCAUUAUUGUUACUGGCAUCCCAGAAUACAUUGCGAGGGAUCAUGGCUGGUGUGUUGAAGAAGACCACUGGUUUAGUGGGGCUUGCUGUGUCUCAAAACCCUCAUGAGCGCCUGAGGAUACUUUAUUCCAAAAUCCUUGCAUCUCUGCAGACUAUUCCAAAAGAUGCAGCCUACAGAAAGUACACAGAACAGCUCAUCAACGACAGGUUUGACUUGGUAAAAUCGGAACCAGAUAUAGAGAAGCUGGAAAGAAAAAUCAACUGUGGACAGAUUGAGGAAGUUAUUGUCCAGGCUGAGAAUGAGCUCUCAUUAUCCAGGAAGAUGGUUGAAUGGAAGCCAUGGGAACCUUUAAAUGAAGAACCCCCGGCCAAACAGUGGAAAUGGCCAAUUUGAAAUAAGAAUGCUUGAACUAAAUGUAAAAUUUCUCCUUCUGUUGUCCCAAAUUGUUUGAUCUAAUGUCAUACAGUUGUAAAUCAUAUACAUGCAGUUUUGCAUUAUUUGUAAAAAAACUUAUAUUGAAUAAAAAUAUCAAUAAAACA